CUAUAUACCUGUGUAUACGAGACGUCGUAUAGUAGAGUUUCUGGAUUGCUGCGCUCGGCAGUUACACCGAGACACGGCGGAUUGUACCAGAAUUUCGUGCGGUGGCCCCGUAGGGGGGAGCGGUACCAGCGCGCGGCUCCUUUCACUUUGUCUUCGUCUGUGUGCGUGCGUAUACAUGCGCCGACUGGUCUCCCCCGAUCGGUGCGUGUGGCAGCAGCCAGCGUGACUCACACACAGGGAAAGAGCGAGAACUCUGGUAGCUCGUUGGAACUCGCUCGUCAGUCCGCUACCGACAGUCUUAUAGCCGCGGCGCAUUUUUUCUUCGUCCGAGUGCUGGUGUCCGUGUGUGUGUGUGCGCGUGUGGCACAGUUUAGCGGGCGGACCGCGAGAGUCGCCACGCUCGGCAGCUAAAUCUGGCAUCGCUUACACACGCCGGCAUGGCAGUCAAGGCCACGGGAGAAGCGCGGAACCGCCGAGGCAGCGUGCGUCUGCACGCUGAGCAGCUGUUCUCAGUGACGUAGUCGCCGCGAUGCGCGUGUCUGCGUGCCCCAGCAGCAGCAUCAGCCAUGGCUAGGACGCGCUGCUUCUUCGGGGCGUUCGCGCUCUCGAUCGGCCUGUGCCUCUGCACGCUGGCCUACGUCUGGCCGCGGACCGUGAGCACGCUCGCGGCGUUCGCGUUCGCGGGCGCGGGCGUCCCGGCUGGCUACAAGAGCAUACUCUACUGGAACACCUUCUUCGGCGACGAGAGCUUCUAUAUGGGCGAGGGCUACGUGGCCCGGCACUGCCCGCGCUACAACAACUGCUACGCGACGCACAGCCGCUCGCUGCAGAACGUCGAGGACUUCGACGCGGUGAUCUUCCACGGGAUCAACAACCAGCUCGACGUCAUGGACGUGCCGGCGCAGAGGAGGCCCGAGCAGAGAUACGUCUUCGUGGCGCUCGAGAGUCCGGCCAACCGGUACAUCAGCGACGAGUUCGACGGCUGGUUCAACCUCACGAUGACCUACCAGCUGGACAGCGACGUCGUCUGGACGUACGCGGACGUGGUGGCUCGCGAGGUGGCCGAUUCACAAAGGAGCCAAGCCGAGGACGCGAGGCUGAGCAAGCUGAUCAGGGGCAAGCGCAAGCUGGCCGUGUGGUACCGGAGCAACUGCGAAACGCGCAGCCGACGCGAGAGCUACGUGGAGGAGCUUGAGCGGUACGUACCCGUGGCCAAGUACGGCCAGUGCUCCGAGGAGCCCGGCUGCCCCAAGAACCAAGACUGCUUCAAGAGCGACGUCGAGCCCAACUACUUUUUCUAUCUGUCCUUCGAGAAUUCGCUCUGCAAGGACUACGUCACCGAGAAGUUUUUUAAUGCUCUCAAAUACAACGUCGUUCCUGUGGUCUACGGCGGAGCUAACUACAGUCGCUUCGCCCCGCCGAAGUCGUACAUCGACGCCUUAGAUUUCGAGACACCGAAAGACUUGGCCGAGUAUUUAGUGAGACUGUCUCGCAACGAGACCGAGUACAAGUCGUACUUCGACUGGAAGAGGCUCUACGGUUUGAGUCGCCCGACGAAACGGGUUGUCUGUGAUCUGUGCGAGCUGCUCAACGCGGAGCAGUGGAGGAAGAAGUACACUAUAUCCAAGUGGUACAGCAUAGAGAGCUGCCCGCUGCAGCGGCUGUUGAGCAAGCAGAUAUCGUCGGGCGGCCCGGAUUACGCAUCGAAAAAAACUUUAUCAUUCACCGAUUUCCAUUAGACUUUAUACGCUUAUGUAUACAUGUACAUAAACAUCACUAUAUUUUUGUACGUUAUCAGCAACGCUACUGAAACAGUGUGGAAGUUUUUUUCACAGAA